UUUUUUGUUGUUUUGACUAUGAAUAUGUGUAAAUAUUGACGCAUUUCUUUACAUUGGAUUCUGUCUGGGUUGUAAGAGAGCUUCAGAUCUCCGAACCAAUGGCUGUCCAGACUGAGCAUAUCAGAGCGCAAACCAGCCAAUCAGCAAUCUCCUAGGCAAAGCACUGAGAGUUUUUAACUGGGGAGUAUUUCAUUGAAUACAUGUGAAUAGAUUCAGCGUUUCGACCUCCUCUAGUUUGGGGGUAUUCUGACUUUCGGAAACGCAAGAGCGCAAACAAUUUUGGACACACUGGAGAGCCUUUUUCUUCUUGGAUGCACUUGGAUGGGAGAAUGGCUUCUGGGACCAUUGACUGUGUGGAGAAGAACAUGCAGUAUCGUGUGGAUCAUUUAUUAAGUGCGGUGGAAAAUGAGCUUCAGGCUGGCAGCGAAAAAGGAGAUCCAACAGAAAAGGACCUUAAAGUCAGAUUGGAUGAAAAUGAACUUUGGCAGAAGUUUAAGGAAUUGACAAAUGAAAUGAUAGUGACCAAGAAUGGCAGGCGCAUGUUCCCGGUGCUGAAGGUGAACGUGUCCGGUUUGGAUCCAAACGCCAUGUACUCCUUCUUACUGGAUUUCGUGGCAGCAGACAAUCACAGGUGGAAAUACGUGAACGGUGAAUGGGUAUCGGGUGGCAAACCGGAGCCACAAGCCCCGAGCUGCGUCUACAUCCAUCCAGACUCUCCAAACUUCGGCGCGCACUGGAUGAAAGCUUCAGUCUCAUUUAGUAAAGUGAAACUCACCAACAAACUGAACGGAGGUGGUCAGAUCAUGUUGAACUCACUACACAAGUAUGAGCCACGUAUCCAUAUAGUGCGUGUUGGAGGGCCUCAGAGAAUGAUCACCACUCACUCUUUCCCUGAGACGCAGUUCAUAGCAGUUACUGCCUACCAGAAUGAAGAUGUUACUGCUCUCAAAAUUAAAUACAAUCCAUUCGCCAAGGCUUUCCUGGAUGCCAAAGAAAGAAGCGAUCAUAAGGAUUUAAUAGACGAUGUCAGCGAAAGUCAACAGUCUGGCUAUGCUCAAUUAAGUAGCUGGUUUCUGCCAGCACCAGGGUCUCUCUGCCCUUCUGCAAACCCUCAUGCUCAGUUUGGCAGCCCUCUUUCUCUGUCCUCAUCCCAUGGCUGUGAACGCUACUCCACUUUGAGAAGCCACCGGUCUGCACCAUACCCCAGUCCAUAUGUCCACCGGACAUCCUCUCCUACUGGUUACUCUGACAACUCCACCUGUCUGUCCAUGUUGCCAUCUCAUGAUAACUGGUCCAGUCUGCAGAUAUCCUCUCACUCCAGUGUGCUGCCGAUGGGCCACGGCUCUUCCCCAAACUCCAACUCCAGUCAGUACACCAGCUUGUGGUCCAUGGGGAACUCACCGUUGACCCCAGUGUCUCAGGCUGGAGGGAUGACCAGUAGUUUGGGCUCACAGUUCCUCCGCACCUCUGCCAAUCAUUACAGCAGCCUGACUCACCCAGUUACAGCGCCCCCUUCUGGCUCUCCUCUAUAUGACACUGCUGUGCCUGAGGUGCAUGAGGCCUCUCAAUACGACUGUUCAGCCUAUGUACGCCUUCCAACAGCAUGGACUCCAGUCACACCACCGUCCUUAUAGGAAGCUGACACUAUGGACUCAUUUAAAGCCUUGUGCAGCUGAACAAUCAUUAUUUUUAUGCAACAGCUGUAUUAUCUGUUUUUGUAUUUAACAUAACUCUAGCAUGCAUUGCAUACAAAACCAAAGACUAGGUAGACCUUACCAAAAUAUUCCUCUCAAAACACACAAUUGUAAACAAAUGGGUAACACUUUACAUUAAUGUCCCCUUUGUUAAUGGAUCAUAAAGGGGUUCAUUAAUGAUUAAUAAGUCAUUUACAAAUGCAUUAUAAAUCAUUUACAUGCAUAAAAAAGGGUGACUUUCACACAAUACCUGCCAAAUAGUGACCCAUUUUACCACAAAUGUUACAUUAAUAACUUGAUGAAAAUGUACCUUAAUAUAAAGUGGACAAAUAUGAAGCAUUUUUAAGGAGUUGCUAACAUUAACCUAUGUAUAUAAAAGUUUAGUGGUUUAAUGGUCAUCAUUCUUUAUUAUAUUAUAUUUGCUGUGAAUGAGCAUGAAGAGCUGAAAGGUGUUUUUGCAGAGGACUUUAUGUAACUAAGACUAGUUAAGUUGGGACACUCAGAGUAGCAUCAUUCUUUUGACAUCAAUGUGACAAGGAAACUGCAACACAAGUGUGUCCAGACAUUACAGUAAUGGAUAAAGCAGACUGUAGCAAAAUAACAUAAUCCCUUCUUUUAAUCUUACUAUAAUAGUGAAUUUUUUUUUCUGCAUUGUGACAUAAUUAAUUAGGGCAUUUAUUGUUUUUAUUUUUAUUUUUUUAAGAAGUGUAUUUAUUAAGCAUUUAUAACAUUUACUUUCAUCCAAUACUUUUUUGAAAGUAUUGGACGAAAGUAGGCAUUUUAUGCAUGUUGCUAUAAUGGCAUAUCAGUUAUGUAUAAUGAUAAUGAUAAAUGACUUGUUAGUCAUAAAUGAACCCCUUUAUAAACUCUUGACAAAGGAAACAUUAAUGUAAAGUUUAAAGUGUUUAUUAUUGUAAAGGACUACAUUGUAUUUGUGAGCACUACUGCUAAUUCAGUCGUGUAGAUCAUUAUUUGAGGGGGUAAUAAUAUUGUACAUAAGGGUUAUUUAUAGUGUGUCUUAAAUGAAGAGAGAUACAUGACUACAGCUGUGCAGACAAUCUUUUGUAAAAUGUGUAAAUGUUAAUAUUGCUUCUUUUUUUGGAUCACAGGAUUUUAAACUCCGAUUGGAUCAAAUUUCACAUUAACCUUUAUAUGAAUGAUGAAAUUCAUUUUUGUAAACAUGAAUUUUGAUCAUGUUGUGUCUGUUAAAACAAAUUUGAUAUUACAGAUAUCUACAUAAAUAUAUAUUUGUUUGCAUUAUUAUAAGGUUGCUUUACAGAAAUCUCAUCCCUGGCCAUACACUGUAAAAAAUGUCUGUAAUUUUAACGUAAAAGACUGUAAAAAUGCUACAGAAAAAAACUUUAAUUGAUUAACGAGCAUUAACUAAAAUAUAUAGUAAAAAAAUCUAAUAUAUUUAAAAAGACAAUACAGUAGUUUUUACAAUAAAAUGUUGUAAACAUUAAAUUGUUUAGAUGUAAAAAGUCUGAUUUUCCUGUAUAAUUAAUGGUAAAAAUUUACAUUAUGUUUAACAAGAGAGUACAUGUACUUUUUAGAGUAAAUUAUUAUUAAAAUUACAAUAAAAACAAUAAUUGGGAAUUCCCUGCAUGACCCAUCUUAUUUCAUUAUAUUUUGUUUUAUAACCAAGUCAACAAAAGUGUCAGUAAAGAGCAUGCUUGAGAUGAAAUAUGAGACCUGAAGUUUGAAGAAAACAAAAACAAAAAUCCAAGGGAAAUAUCACACAGAAAAUGUUAAAACUGUCAUUUCCAUCAGCGUAAUUUUCACUAAAGAAUUCUAUUAAACACAAUACAGAAUUUGAGAUGUGCUGGAAAUGACACUUGAGAGGGAACUUUCAUGACUUUCAGAAAGAAAAAAAUAAUAAUACAAAAAAACUCCAGUCUCCAGUGAUGCAUACUAAUAUACAUACUGUAGGA